AUGUCUGGGUACAAUUCGUGGCCUGUGGUUAAUCCGUUGCACUGGGGGUACAAUGGGACUGUUCAUCAGUAUGUGGGUGCACGCGGAACCGUUGGGUUGCACCUGAGGGGCACCAAAGAGGAGGUUUCCCUGCAGUCGUUUGUGAACAAGAAUGUUCCGCAGUUGCGGGACGGUGCAAGGUUUAAGUUGAAUCCGAUGCUUUUCACAGGUUACUUGCAGACGAUGUACCUGUCGUCUGCGGACUUCAGUAAGAGUUCGCCUGUCAUGUAUGGCCGGGAGAUCGUCGAGUUCUCAGAUAAUGGGGUGUGCACCGCCGACUGGGUGAUGAAUUCCGAGUGGAGACCGUUGUACAAGUUCGAUCGGGCGACCGUCAAGUUUGACACUGCACGGUUCAACGAGGAUGCAAAGAAGACGCACCCUGACGGGUGGCCACGGCUGCAUCCGCGGACGCGGUACCUGAGCGACACUGAGCGCGGGGCCGUUCACUCUGUCGGGGCUGAGCGGCCGCUCGUGGUCGUAUGCCACGGCCUUGCUGGUGGGUCGCACGAGCCGAUCAUCCGGUCGCUGACAGACCACCUGUCGCAAGUAGGCGGCGGGAAGUUCCAAGUUGUUGUCUUGAACACGAGAGGGUGCGCACGGUCUAAAGUCACGACGCGGUGUCUGUUCACCGCGUAUCACACGCUGGACUUGAAGGAGUUCGUCGAAAGGGAGCACGCGAGGCACCCGGAGCGGAAGAUUUACGCAGUCGGGUGCUCCUUCGGGGCCACAAUGCUGGCGAACUACCNCGGGUUUUCCGGCGAGGACACUCCGAUCACUGCUGCUGCGACUCUGUGCAAUCCAUGGGACUUAGUGCUCGCGGGGGAGAAGAUCAGCAAAGAUUUCUGGUCGCGGCAAGUGUUCAGCAAGGGGAUCACACAGUUCCUGGUGCGCAUGGUGAAAGUGAACAUGCGGGAAUUGGAGGUGCCCGAGGGCACCAAACCGGCGCAGCCACCGUCCCCUGAACACCCCUCGUUCGACCUGUUCACACAGUCUAACUUGCGCAAGGCGUUCAAGAUGACGCAGCUGGCCGAGUUCGAUGACACCUUCACCGCUGCGGCGCUCGGGUUCCCCAGCGCGUACGAGUACUACAAAGCCGCCGGCUCCGUGAACCGGUUCACGGACAUCAAAGUACCGCUGCUCUCGAUCAACUCGGAGGACGACCCAGUCGUCGGCGCGGACCACGUCCCAACAUCGUACAUCGACGAAAACCCGAACGUGCUCGUCAUCGAGACAGACUUGGGGGGCCGACCUCGCGUACCUGCAAGCAGACGGCGACUCGUGGGCCACCAGACAGAUCUCUGCCUUCUUCCACAAGUUCGACGAGCUUGUGCUCUGAAUGGCUAUACAUAG